AUGGCCAACUUCACAUGGCCUGCUCUGCUGCUAGCCAUGGGAGACCCGGCGAUUCCCUUCCUCCGACUCGCUGAAUGGAAAAACGAGAUCGAUCUGAUCUUCAAGAAGCACCUCGUCGAUCUGGGAGUCACCCGGAUGGAUAAACACCCGAACAAGGACAAGGUGGAGGCCGGAGUACAGGCCUGCUUGAAAGAGAUCCCAGAAUUCGCUGAGCUGAGUCGAUCUCGACAAAAGAAGGUUAUGAUACAAUUGAGAAUGUUCGCGACUAUGAAAGCGAGAGCCAAGAAGACGAAACGACAGGAGGUACAAGAAGAGUCGCUCGGGGAUUCGCAGGAGGAAGGCUCACGAGAGGGCUCAGAUGAGGAAGAGGAUGGAAAAGUCCGGAAAGAUGCUGGUGGGAAGCGCGGGCCAGAUCUGGGUGAAGAUCAAGAUUCCAGCAAGAAGCCCCGAGUAGUCCUGGCGGUUGUCGAAGAAGAUGCCCGCUCCCUCUUGGACAGACCGGUACCAUCUCCACCUGACUCAUCUCUCCGCUCCACGACAGCGCAAGUGAUCCCCCCGCGAAGCAAGCCCAGCUCCCAAGAUGGGUUCUCUCAAGCUCCGAUAGCAUCUACCAAACCCUCUUCCAUCGCCGAAACUCCGCAUGUUGACCUCGCAGAUAUUGUAGCUCGCCCGAGUGAGGUCAGCUUCCAAGGCGCCGAUAAGGGUGCUCAUGCUUUGAACGGACCUCCAAACACUACCUUGCCCCUGCUUCAUAGUACAAACCCGCUUUCUUUGAUGAUGUUCAAGCAAACUCUCAAGACAGGAAGUUCCACCGCCGGCCCAGCUCGAAAGGCCUCCGUACCCAAGCCGUCGCUACCGGCUUCCGAAAUGCUACCCGCAGCAACCGAUCCGACCGCCAGGCCGCCUUUGGGUAGCAAGUCCACAAAUAUGAGCCUGAACACGGUGAAAGAUCUCCAGUGGGCUCAAAGAAUGAAGGUCGCGAAGAAGAAGGAUUGA